AGAUCCUUCUGUUACCAAAGCGAGGUCAAAAUGGCGGCCUUCUGCAUGUGAAGAGGACAUAGCGGAUGCCGGUUUUGUGUUUGAGGAAUAUGUAUAAAACACCAUGUAGCCGACUCACAGGUCUGCUGGGGACCACUGUGAAUAAGCAGCUAUCGGCGCGUGCAGCUAAAUGUCCCCUGAGUUCCCGCGGCCUGACACAGCUCCGUAGCACGCACCCUAAAGAAUGGCUUACAUUCCAACAGCUACGCUUCCUCAAGCGACAGUAUGUGGUGCGGCACAGCGGAGCGCUCGGCCAGCGCCCCCGUCCCAAACAGGAGCCCGUCUCCGCCGCGCUGGAGGACCGAGGCGACGUCAUGCUGCAGCAGGUCCAGCAGAUCCCCACCAUCAAGUCCGUCGCAGGCCUGGCGGUACCGGCCCCGGGCGCCAAGCCCCCACCGGACCUCAGCAACGAGCCCGAAGCGGACCGUCUGGCCCGCAUCGAGGCCCGGCAGUGGAAGGAGCUGAAGGUGGACUACUCGGAGCUGCCGGAUGUCUACGCACGCCUGUCCAAGAUCAACCUCACAGCGUUGGUCGUCACCACGGCAGCGGCUGGCUUUGCCAUGGCUCCCGUGCCCUUUGACCCCUACCUGUUCCUGUACGCAUCGCUGGGAACGGGCCUGUGCUCCUGCACCGCCAACUCCAUCAACCAGUAUUUCGAGGUGCCAUUUGACUCCAACAUGAAUCGCACAAAAAACAGACCGCUGGUCAGGGGUCAGAUCAGUCCCCUGCAUGCGGUCUCCUUCGCCUUGGCCUGCGGUAUUCCAGGUGUGGCUCUGUUGACCCUGGCGGUGAAUCCCCUGACCGGCCUGUUGGGGGCGCUCAACAUCGUCCUGUACACCAGUUGCUACACCCCCCUGAAGCGGCUCAGCAUCACCAACACAUGGAUGGGGGCUGUGGUGGGGGCCAUCCCCCCAAUCAUGGGCUGGACCGCAGCUACGGGGUCACUAGAUGCAGGUGCGCUCUUGAUGGGUGGCCUCCUGUACAGCUGGCAGUUCCCCCACUUCAACGCGCUGAGCUGGAACCUUCGUGAGGACUACUCGCGCGGCGGCUACCGCAUGAUGUCCGUCACGCACCCGGACAUGUGCCGCCGCGUGGCACUGCGCCACAGCCUUGGCCUGAUCGGGCUUUCCUCACUGGCGCCCGUGGUGGGCAUCACCACCUGGACCUUCCCGCUGGUGUCGCUGCCCAUCAACCUGUACAUCAGCUAUCUCGCCUUCCGCUUUUACCGUAACGCCGACCGGCAGAACGCCCGCAAGCUCUUCUUCUGCAGCCUCUGGCACCUGCCCAUGCUGCUGCUGCUCGCGCUCACCUGCAAGACCCGGCGCACCGAGCCUGAGGCGCUACCGGCCAGCUCCAGCCUUAGUGUACUGAGUUAACCCCCGCUGGCUUGGUUAGCGUUGGGAUGCUAGCUUUGUUAGCACUGGGACGUUAGCUUUGUUAGCACUGGGACGUUAGCUUUGUUAACGUUGACAUGCUAGCAUUGUUAGCGUUGGUGCGCUUGCUUUAUUAUUUUGGUGCGCUAGCUUUGUUGGCGUUGGGACGCUAGCUUUGUUGGCGUUGGGACGCUAGCUUUGUUGGCGUUGGUGCGCUAGCUUCGUUAGCGUUUGCAUUACCCCCACUCCCUCCAGUCACCUUGAUUGUCCGUAUUCUCCACUGUGUUCAUCCAGCUCUCAUUAGAUUGUGAGUUUGUUUGUUACUGAGUGUCUGGUCCUCCUACCAACCUUCCAACCUACCAUGCUAUAUGCUCCUUACCUUUACGGUUACGGUUCAAAGAUUGAGGAAGAUAAUGAGAUUGACAGGGGCCAUUUUUAGCCAUCACAGACUAUGAGUGAGUGUAAGACGAAAACAGAUAAAGUAAAUGAGGAAGGACUCAGACAGAGAGGCUGCAGAAAGUGUCCAAGUAUACAAAAACUUCAUUUAAGAGUCUCCCCCAAUAGCUUGUGAAGUAAUCAAUGCAAGGUGUGUGUGUGUGUGUGUGUAAAUAUUUCAGAUAAAUUAUUUAUGUAUAUUCCCUAAAUUUGCAUCAUGUUGUAAAUGGCUAAUGUACAGAACCACUUUUCUGUAAUGAUGCUUGAGAUGGGUGUCUCAUAACCCCAAAAUACUUGAGCCCAUAUGUAACUCAAGCACAUGAACUAUUCAGGUGAAAUGAACCUGACUCACAGUCAACAAAACAUCAGCAUUUCUGUUUCUGUAGAGUUGGGUCUUAAUAAUACUAAAUUAGUUUAUUUUCAGUUUCAGCUAUUUAUCAAUCCAUUUCUUUGGAAGGAUUACAAUGCAAACUGUGAUUGCGGUUCUUUUUUUUUUUUUUUCUUCUUCUUUUUUCAGAUCUACUGAACUGUAAACAAAUACCCAUAAUUCUUGAAUGUAGGCCAAUGGAAAUAAACUCUUAAUGGUUCUUAAUUCUGUUUUUGUUACACGCAGCUACCCAAACCACACGGGUUUGACCUCCACUCAGACCUCACUGUUCAGACCACAUGCCAGAGGACCUGGAAGGUCCUGGUACAAUAAAGGUCUUCUGAUUUA